CCUGCCCCCCAGGACCCCUACAGCAUGUUCCGGCCCAAACGCUACGCGGGCACCAAAGAGGACCCGAACCUCGUGCCCUCCAUCACAAACAAACGGAUCGUGGGCUGUGUCUGUGAGGAGGACAACAGCUGCGUGGUUUGGUUCUGGCUGCACAAGGGCGAGGCCCAGCGCUGCCCCUCCUGUGGGGCCCACUACAAACUGAUCCCCCACGAGCUGCCCCACUGAGGGGGGCUGUGGGACCCCCCCCCGGGGCCCUGCUGAGCCCCCCCUGCACCUGAGCCCACGAUAAAGAGAUGGUGGGGAGA